AUGUCGUCCGCCCCGCAUACUACCACUAUCGUUGCUCGACACGUCGUCACAGAUAUAACCGUAUGCAUCAUCCCUCCGAAGACGUCCACCUGCGAACUCGACCCGCGAACAUGGCACUGUAUAGAGAAGGAUCUUUACCAAUAUACCUCUCAGCACAGUGCUUGGCUGUAUGUAGCGCUGGCAAAUGAAGACGAGCUCGCGGCUGAGACCCUGGUGGUUGGAGAUAUCAGAGCCGGUGAGCGGCCCCCCUCCAGCUCAGGCCACUGGAACAGUCGACCUGGCGGAAUUUGGGUGCUGAGAAAGAAGUUCGCUGGCGACAUUGACCAGGCUGUGACAGAGGUGGAGGUUCUAUUUGGUACAGAUGCUGUUGAUCCACGACCACAAUGGACUCUCAUGCAAUCUCCGCUCCAAAUUAAUGCUCAACCAGAGAUUCCGGUUGCGAGGCUAAGCAUACUUCACGGCAGAGCCAAGCCUAGACUGACUGCUGAUGUGCCGUUGAGAGUUAGGGAGGAUAGCAAAUUUAAGAUUGUCCAGAUAUCUGACACGCAUAUGGUUACUGGUGUUGGCGUAUGCAAUGAUGCUAUUGAUGAACAAGGGAACGAUCUACCGGAGAGCGAGGCUGAUCCCCUUACCGUAAGAUUUAUUGGGGAGAUAUUGGACGCAGAGAAGCCAGACCUUGUGAUUCUCACUGGAGAUCAAUUGCAUCACGACAUCACAGACAGCCAAACUGCCCUCUUCAAGGUGGUCGCUCCUAUCAUCGAGCGUUCCAUUCCAUUCGCUGCCGUAUUUGGCAAUCAUGAUAGUGAGGGAAGCCACGCAUUAUCACGCACAGCACAGAUGUCAAUACUUCAGAAUCUACCCUUUAGCCUCUCCGAGCCAGGCCCAGAGCAGGUUGAUGGUGUAGGCAACUUCUACGUUCAGAUCCUGGCCCCCGCCCCAUCAGAGCUCCCCGUAUCUACUCUGUAUUUCCUGGAUUCGCACAGCAAACUGCCGAGCACGACAUUGAACAACCGCUAUGAUCAUAUCAAGCCAAGCCAAAUUGAUUGGUUCAAGACCACUUUCCAAUCGCUACGAAACGCGGGUAAUCUCUCUUUCGUUAUCAUACACAUUCCUCUACCUGAGUUCAAAGACCGCCAUCUCUGUAUACGGAGCGGCCAACGAAGGGAACCGACCGAGGGCCCUAGCUUCAAUUCUCAUUUCUACGACGCUUUGGUUGACUAUGGCAUAUCAGCAGUAGGCUGCGGGCACGAUCACGUGAACGAUUUUGCCGCUUUAUUGCCACAACAAACGCAGCAUGACGGUAAAACCCCGCAAAGUCCUUGGCUAUGCUAUGGAGGUGCCAGUGGUUUUGGGGGUUAUGGCUCGUACGCCGGAAAGCGAUUUUAUCGACGAAUGCGGGUAUGGGAACUUAACGCAAGCGCUGGAAGCCUGAAGACUUGGAUGCGGUUGGAAUAUGCCAUUGGCAGAACUGAUGAACUGAUGCUUAUGGAGAAUGGAGUGGUGGCGGAUCCGCCCGUGCGAAAAAAUGAUAGAAGCUGCAUAGUGACUUGA